AUGAAGAUUAAUACUGAUGGUAGCUUUUCUGAAUGGGGUGCUGCGUGGGUGGGGGGGGGUUUCAGAGAUUCCUCCAGCAAAUGCCUAUUGUUCUUUCAUGCUCUUACUGAGGCACAUGAUGCUCUGGAAGCUGAGCUUAUUGCUGUUUACUGGGCCCUUACCUUUGCACUGAAAUCUGCAUGGUAUAAACUGUGGAUUGAGGUGGACUCUAUUCAACUGAUUAUUUUCCUCAACACUGAACAACUAUCCUCUUGGCAUCAUAUACAUUGGAAACAGAAAAUUGGCAAUCUCAACAAGCUGUUUAAAGUCAAUAUGUCUUUUAUCUACAGAGAAGGAAACCAACCUGCUAAUUGGCUUGCCAGACAUGACCUUUAUACUAACUCCAUUUCUGUUGCAACAAGGCCCCCCACCCCUCUUGCUCUCCUACAUCAUGAUGAUAAGUUGGAGACUUCUCAUCUAAGAAUCAAAGCUAAUCAACUUAAAGAUCUCUAG